AUGACUGAACCCGAAGAAAUUCUUUCAAAAUCGGGACUAUUUGUCGAUGAUCUUAAUCAUCUACGGCUAUUGAGCACAGAGACAUCUGAAUGCUGUACCGAAUUGAGUCAGGAGGGCAAAAACUUCGAACAACAAAUGGCUCAAUUCAAAACAACCACUGAAUCUUUAAUAACAACAAUGGAAGAAUUGGCUACAAUGGUUGAAACAGAAAAACUCCGAGCGAUGACUUCGAGGAGUAUUCUGAAGAACAUUGACAAAAGGAAAGUCAAUGAGACACAACAAAUACAGAUUCUAAUUCGAGAGAAACAAGUCGAAUUAGAAAGAUUGAGGAUUGAACUAGAGGCAGCUCAAAAAAUGGAGCAAGAUCAGAGGGAUUUCAUCCAACAAUUCAUCUCAAAU